GCUAAUACAUAAAAAGGAGGAUAAAAAUACCUUCGUCCACAGAUCCAACAGAUCCAAGUCACUGUAAUCAUGAAUUUUAAUCAAGUUUUGGGUUUUUUGACUGUGUUGUUGUGUUUCAGUCUCGGAUUUUCUCAAUAUCAAGAUCCGAGCUACCAAAUUCAAAAUGAGAAAACUUUAUCUCAAAAAGCACCAGAGAUAUAUCAACCGGAAGAAUUUCUGCAACAGCAACAACAAAAACUGCCGCAAGAGCAUCAACUGCUGAAACAGCAACAACUACCCCAAAAGCUACUACAGCAAAUACUACAGCAAGACCUGCAACUUCAGCAACAGAUUCAGCAAAAAGUUGGCAAACUAAUAUCAUUGCAGUCCCCUCGUCAGGACUACCACCUAUGGUUAGGCCAUAGUUUUUAUAAAUUUCAUAUGAAUGUGACACAUUGGGCAGACGCAAGACAGCAAUGUCAUAAAGAAGGAGGUCGUCUAAUAACAAUCGAUAGCGCAUAUGAAGAUCAAUAUAUUCAUAGUAUUUGGUCUAUAUAUAAGAACUGUUUUGGUGAAAUAGAUGCAAUAAAGCAGUCAACGUAUUUUGGCUAUAUUUAUGUUGGAUACCAUGAUUACUUCCAAGAUGGAUAUUUUGUUUCUGUUUCCGGGAAGGACUUAUAUGAUAGUUAUUAUCGUUGGGGAUAUGGACAACCUAAUAAUCGUGGAGUGGACCAUUGUACAGCAAUAUCAAACGUUAAUUUUGGUGGCUUGAAUGAUUUAAAUUGCGCAGCGCUUCAACCAUUUAUAUGCGAAAUCGAUACCCGCGAACAAUGUAACAAUUACCGUAAUGACGUUCAUCCUCCAUUCGGCAGUCCUAGUCAGCACCGUUCCCGUGAACUAAAUAAUGAUGAUAAUCAUAAUGAAGAACAUGUAGAUGAUAAUGUUCUUGCUAAAAGUGAUGAAGAAAGUAAGAACAAAGAUGGUGGCAAUGUUGAUAACUCUCUUAUUAAUGUGAAUACUACAAGUAAAUAAAGGGAAGAGUGUUGU